AUGGGAAGACUGGACUGUCUGCUCCCGCUGUUAUUUCAAGUCUUGACCAACAACAAGUCAGGUCUUAAAGUGGUUGCGCUUUCUGACUCGCCGUUCGCCAAUGUUUUAGCAGAAUUUCCUAGCAUCUGGAGACCUCCAGGAGCACCUCGAAAUUUGAAGCAUUCUACAGUGCACUAUAUUAAUACCACUGACGGUCCUCCGGUUACUGCUCGCGCACGUCGCCUGGCACCUCAAAAACUUCUUGCUGCGAAAAAAGAAUUUGAGGAGAUGGUUGGUGUAGGAACAGCAAGACCAUCCAGCAGCUCAUGGGCGUCACCACUACACUUAGCACUGAAAAAGGAUUCCACCUGGCGUCCUUGCGGAGACUACCGUGCUCUGAAUGCUAGGACCAUUCUAGAUCGAUAUUUUUGCCAGAACUUAGCAGGAUCCAGCAUUUUUAGCACCAUCGAUCUUGUAAAGGCAUAUCAGCAGAUACCUGUCAAUACUACUGAUGUGUGCAAAACCGCUAUAAUAACUCCCUUCGUUCUAUUUGAGUUCCCUUACAUGACCUUUGGACUUCGGAACGCUGGACAGACAUUUCAAAGGUUUAUAGACGAAGUGUGCGUGGACUCGAUUUCUGUUUUGCGUAUGUUGAUGAUAUACUCGUAUACUCAAGAGACUGAGAUCAACAUGAGCAGCAUUUAA